AAAUUGUCGUUUCCUUUCCCAUCCCUUUACUGCCACUAUGUCCGAUUUUGACGACGAACUGCUCGAGCUCGUCGAGGCUGGUUCCGACAAGAAACAAAAGCGAAAGACCAAAACGAAGCCGUCAAAGAAACGAAAAGCCGACCUUUCCGAUUACGAAAAUGAUCCUGAAAGUGAAGAGGACGAAGAGGACCCCUAUCCUUUGGAGGGGAAGUAUGUGGAUGCAGCCGACAAACAUAGGCUCAUGCAGAUGUCCGAGAUUGAGCGUGAAGAGAUUAUCACCGGACGAUUAGAAGAUAAGCAGCGCAUGCUGGACAAGCGAGCGAUUUCACGCAUGGUGAAAGACCAGCGUUCCGGUGACAUGGACGGCGUCGCAAGAGCGUCCAAAAGGCAACGCUCAUCACGAGGUUUCACGAAGGAAAAGUCGCGCAAGCUGGAUGAGCUUAAGGCCAAACGCAAAGCCAAGGGCGACAAGCAACACAACGAAGGUUCUCCUUUUCACGAUGGAUCUUCGUCUGCCAUGGAUAUGGGUACCUCAGAUGAGGACGACGAGGACGGUCAGAUCAACAAGUCGGAUCAGGAACAUGAACGAGAGCAACAUCCGCCUGUCAAAGACGAGCCUAUUACCAUGGAUGAUCUGGAAAAGUGUCAUCUUACACGGGAUAUGAUAGCAAAAUACUAUCUGUCGCCGUGGUUUGAAGAAUACGUUAAGAAUACCUGGGUCCGCUAUCUCAUCGGCUGUGAGGACGGCAAGAGCAUCUAUCGUAUAUGUCAAGUUAUCAAUCUCGGAGCUGAUAUAGUCAAACCAUAUAUGGUUGAGAGCACUAUGGUGAACCAGACUAUCGAGCUCCAACAUGGUAUCUCGAAAAAACUGUGGCAAAUGGACAAAGUCUCAAACUCUCCGUUCGAACCAAAAGAAUUUCUUCGUCUCAAAAACACGUGCGAAACUGAACAUGUCAAAUUGCCCUCGAAGAAAGAGCUGGAGAUCAAAGAAGCCCGCAUGGUACAGCUGGUUACGCAACCAAAGACUGAGGCAGAUGUUAGUGCCAUCUUGGCUCGCAAGAGCCAAAUAACGGCAGCCAAAUCACAAAAUUGGGUUACCCUGGAACGAGCCCGCUUGGUCCAACAACGUACGCUAGCUCAACGUCGUCUAGAUUAUCAUGAAGUAGCAGAACUGGAUGCGAAGUUGGCCGAGUUCAUCGCCCAAUAUGGCGAAGAUCUCAGCAGCCCUCAGAAAAAUGGCCGACGUGCGGAGAAUGACACAUUGGCCAAACUCAGCGAGAAAAACCGCAGGGCUAACGCUGAGGCCGUCCGCAGGGCCGAAAUUGCGGCGGCGGAACAAAGAAGGCGCGAGAGAAAGCGGGCCCUUGCUGGAAAGAGUGGAACUGCUACUCCAACUGAUCCUAGUGCUAGGCUGAAAACCGUUCCACGGACGUUCAACUCUGCCACACCGGUGUCUAGACCGGCGACUCCCAGCGGGCUUCAACCCGCACCCCUAACUCCGGAGAGAAAGCCUUCGCCCCUCGUUCCUUCGACAAACGGCAAAGCCAAGACGUUCGAAGCCUCGGUUAUUGAAACGAUGGAAGUGGACCUUGGCGAUUUUUAGAUCAGUAGAAUUGCUUUCGUUGUUUUGCGUAAUACGACAGCCUAAUUGUCAUGCAUCGUACAACUUGUCGACAUCAUUGCAUCAAUUUAGACGACACGUGUUCUGCAGCGUGUAGUUUGUAGCUAUAUCGAAUGUAUGUCGUGUAGCUGCAAUAAAACGGUUUUUGGUGGGGAG